CCAGGGCGCAGGUCUGGGAGACGACAGCGUUUGGGUUCUUAACAGGAUGGUGACAGGAGGCAGGUUAAGGGUGGUGGCUGAAGAGACGACCCUUGGCAGGUGAACUGGGCCCCUGGAGAGUGAAUGGAACUGUUUGUGGUGCUGAGGCUUUGGACUCCUUUAGGAAGGCCAAGGGAUCGAACACCCCCACAAGUCUCGCGAGAGAUAGGCACAAGGUAAUAGCUGCGAAGCGCUUGGCGCGGGCACAGUGAGUGGUGGUGGCUCCUGGUGUCGGGGCUGGUGACCUCGGACCUCGGGAGAAGGACUCGUGGUGGAGAAAGGCCAGCCCCUGGAGCACAGACCGUUGUUUCUGGCAAAGAGGCGAGCAGGGAAAACCUGCACAGGACUCAGCGACCAUCGAGGACGUGGCUGUCUGCUUCUCUGAGGGUGGAGGGACCUGCCUGGCCCCCACGCAGAGGGCCCCGUGCAGGGACGUGAUGCUGGAGAAUAAUUUAUGGGGCUGUGGCUGCCCUGGCAUGUCCAUCUCCCGAACCGAACCGGCUGAGUCUGAGUCCCCAGCUGGAGCGAGGGGAGGCACCCUGGUGCGCGGCCCCUCGGGGAGCGCAGGACGGAGAGGGCCCGAGGGGCGUGUCCUCAGGCGUCUUGGCUCUGGAGAAAGCUACGUGGCAAGAGGCGGCUGGUGGUGGCAUUCUGCCUCCUGAUGACUCUGUCUGUGAUGGCUGUCCCCUGCUUCCCCGCACAGCCUCAGGAUGCCCCGGAGCCCCGGGGGGUGACCGACACCCCUGCUCCCCACGGCCCGCAGGCUCUGAGCUCCCGCUGGAGGCCGCAGACGAGAAGCCUGCGUUUCUGGAGAGGCCGGGCCCCACCCGGGAGUUCCGACCCCGAGUGUGCGGAGGAGCGAGGCCGCCGGAGGGCAGUGGACAAGAGCAGGGCCCCGGGAGGGGAAAGCCGGCAUGUAGGGCGGGCCAAGAGGGACAUUGCUGUGGCAUCAUUGGUCGGAGAUCUGGGACUCAGCACUCAGCGUCUCGUGCGCCUGAGGGAGGAUGAGGUCGAGGCUCCAGGAGCCAGAGACCUGCGGCCCCCUCGGAAGGACGGUCCAGUCCGGGAGGUGCAGAGGGAGACAGGCCCCCUGGCCGGCGCCCUCCCAGGACACCGGAGAGCCGCUGCUGGACUGCCCCUCCGGCCCCAUCCAGCCCGCAACAGGGACCUGCCGGGAGCUGGGAACAGAGCCUUGACUGGUGGGCAGAGAGCGUGGGGUCCCACCUCAGCCACAGGGACCCGUCGGUGGCCUGGCUCUGUCCGGGAGCUGCAAGGAUCCACCUGGUGUGCCGCUGAGACUCCGGGGCGGGGGGCCAGCGGGCAGGUGCCCCCAUGGCUCACGGAGCACGAUGUGCAGACCCUCCAGCUGCUGGCCCAGGGGGAGGUGGUGGGCAAAGCCAGGGUCCCCGGCCACGGGCAGGUGCUGCAGGUGGGCUUCUCCGCAGAGGGCGCCCCUCAGGACCCGUCUCCCGGGCUCGGCGGACUCUGCUCCCGGGGGCUCUGCGGCCUGAUCAAGAGGCCCGGAGACCUGUCCGAGGUGCUGUCCUUCCACCUGGACCGCGUGCUGGGCCUGCGCCGGAGCCUCCCCGCCGUGGCCCGGCGCUUCCACAGCCCCCUGCUGCCCUACCGCUACACGGACGGGGGCGCGAGGCCCGUCAUCUGGUGGGCGCCGGACGUGCGGCACCUGGGCGACCCAGAUGACGACCAGAACUCCCUGGCCUUGGGCUGGCUGCAGUACCAGGCCCUGCUGGCGCGCGGCUGCAGCGGGCCGGGCCCGGCGGCGUCGUGCCUGGGCAUCCACCGUGCCGAGUGGGCGCGCCUGGCCCUCUUCGACUUCCUGCUGCAGGUCCACGACCGCCUGGAUCGCUACUGCUGCGGCUUUGAGCCCGAGCCCGCCGAGCCCUGCGCGGAGGAGGGCCUCCGAGAGAAGUGCGGGAACCCGGGCGAGCUGCGGCUGGUCCACAUCCUGGUCCGGAGCAGUGACCCGUCUCACCUGGUCUACAUCGAUAACGCCGGCCACCUUCAGCGGCCGGAGGACAAGCUGAACUUCCGGCUGCUGGAGGGCAUCGACGGGUUCCCUGAGUCUGCCGUGAAGGUCCUCCAGUCAGGGUGUCUGCAGAACUUGCUGCUCAGGUCGCUGCAGAGGGACCCCGUGUUCUGGGAGAGCCAAGGCGGGCGACAGGGGCUGAGGCAGGCGCUGCAGACCCUGGAGCGGCGAGGACAGGUCCUUCUGCGGCACAUCCGGGAGCACAACCUGACAGUCUUCGGGGACGAGGACCCAUGAGCCCCGCGCCGCCCAGGCAGGGCUCCCGCUUCGCCGGUGGGGUGCUCACGACACGACCUGAGCGGACGCGCCCCCAUGCUGAUGGCCACGCUGCCCUGGGCUCGCUCAUCUGAAGACAAAAGGGGACAAGCCAGAGCCUGGAGGGCACCACAGGUGUCACGGGUGUGUCACCUCCCUGGGACGGUGCACGGGGUGGGUGGUGAGUUCUCACUGUCACCACAUUCGUUUCUGCCCUGUCGGCUCUGGUCAUGUGCUUCCUUGCACCAAUAAAAACAUUCAAGAAUGUUC